AUGAAUCCAGAAUUAUCAGCCGAGAAGCGAAUUCAAGUCGAUGAAUUGGUGGUUUAUGGUACGGGAGUAAUGGAAUCUUUUGAGGAAGAUUUCAAAGCUUUAUUGAAGGAGACAGAGAAUAGGGAUACGAGAUGGGUAGUCGUUUUCUCACCGACAGGAUGCGAUGCUAUGUUACGAUCACUCGGGAUGUUAGAUUCCCACACUGGGAAAAUAAAACGAGCGGAUGAACAGGAGGAUGGAAAGAGAAAGACUUUCAUAGCGACGAUUGGACCUACCACGAGGGAUUAUCUCAAGAAUACUUUUGAUUAUGAACCGGAUGUUUGUGCUGAGAAGCCAAGUCCUGAAGGUUGGCGCCCCGUUUCAAUAAUCAGCACUGGCAAUUGGAAAUCGACAAUCGACAUCUUUCAUUUCAUCAGACCACGAAUGGGUGAAUUCACUCCAACCAAUUGCUCAACGGACACGACAUAUACCUACCAGUGGAUCCAUCAAUGCAGUAAAACCAUCCAACCACCGCAUUCACAAUCGCAUCCAUCCACAAAUGCAAAUAAUCGCUAUCACGACGAAAACCCCCAUGUCCUCCUCGGGCACUCUACCCCCCGCCCUCUCAAACUCCACAAGUUGGCUGUCCCGACCAGUUCCACCGCAGUCACUGGAUUACUGCGACGUUUUUCCACCGAACCUUCUACUCAUUCGGGUAACGGCAAUGGGAAUCAUCACCACAAUACUUCCAAUCUCGCGAAAUCCCAAUCUCCAUCAUUCUCCCCAGCACAAAAUGGUAUUCAAGGCGUCUACACACCUCCUCAUCGAACAGCAUCGCCAUUUCAACCACCGCCUUUGUAUCCGGUGACGUUGAAGGGGUGGAGAGAAAAUACAGAUCCCUCUGCGAAGUUGUUGAGCCGCGCAUUGGCGGAGGAAAUUAGAUUACUGGUUCCCCCACGCUUACAGUUGUGCGAGGAAUGGAAUUUGGUUUAUAGUCUGGAACAGGAUGGGGUUAGCUUAGGGACGCUUUAUAAGAAGUGUGAUGACUUGAGGGGUUUGAGGAAUGGCUUUGUAUUGGUUGUUAAGGAUGGAGAGGGUGGGUUAUUCGGCGCAUACUUGACAGAAGCACCGCACCCCGCACCUCACUAUUUCGGCACAGGAGAAUGUUUCCUCUGGCGCGCGACCAUCCUUUCCUCCUCCCUCCUAGCAAAUCUUCCCCCUCCCCCUUCCUCCGACACAACAAACUUGCAACGCUCAACUACCAUCGGCGCUCCUCGAAAUCAAAACCAUAACCCCGCCCAUCCCUCUUCACUCCUCUCUCCCACCUUCUCCCAACAUCCUCCCAAAUCCCCCUCCUCCAUUAAAUCAGGCGCCAGCACGCCCGAACGAAUUCGCUUCAAAGCCUUCCCCUACUCUGGAAUAAACGACUACAUGAUGCUCUGCGAAACAGGGUUUCUAUCAAUAGGAGGUGGAGAUGGGCAUUAUGGACUCUGGUUAGAUGAUACCUUUGAGAAGGGCGUAAGUAGCAGUUGUCCAACAUUUGGAAACGAACCAUUGAGUGAGGAAGGGGAGAAAUUUGAUAUCAUUGGAGUAGAAGUGUGGAGUAUUGGGAAUUAA